UUGGAUACGAGCUAUUUAUUGCAGAUCUUCACCUCAGCGGCGAAGCAAUCGGAUUCUCUUCGAUUUGAUAACGCAGUUGUUGGUAUACCUGUGAUCUCGUGCGAACGCGACCGUAUCCGCAUCGAAAUCGAGACAACUCGUCCGUUCGGUGGCAAGGUAUUCGUGAAGGGCGAAUAUGCGAAUCGCCAAUGUGUACGCUCGUAUGUAGACGGCAUUCCGUCGUCACCACAUGGUUAUCCCGCUUUUCCAGAAUACGACAAAGUGAGGCUCAAGAACAGGAAAACCACGGCAAAAGUUGGAGACACAAGACUGGACAACGUUCAUUCUAAAUGGCCUGAACAUAGUGCGGUAAAUUCCACAACGGAAGAAAGCACUGGGAACAAAAAUACUACACCCAACAGUGAUUCGUCAGGCUCUGCGUGGUUAGGAUAUGGCGGAGUGAGUGCAUAUUUAGGAGCGUUUGGUGGCUCUCACAAGGAAAACAUCUAUUCGAAAUCGAAAUCUCACGAAGCAAACAAUUUACCCAACCUACAGCAUUCGGGAUCGCAAGGGUUAAUAUCCCUCAAUUGUCCAGAGAAAUGCGAGCCUUGUGUUUGUGCCAAAGAAGAACAACCACAAGAGAGAAAGAGAAGAACAACGAAUCAUGUAGAGCUAUCGGUACCUCUAGGAGCGUGCAAUGCCAAAAGAGACAGAAAGCUCUCUCCUCCUACUCUAGCAGUGUCGUUCGUUGCUGUGAUUUCAUUUCACGAAUCAUUCAUCACUAAACUCGAUCGUGCUUAUCACAUUCAAUGCGCUUAUAUGGAAAUCAACAAAACACUCAGCACUCAGAUAAAUAUCGGGCAAGAGGAAACCUCGAAUGUAAACGGUACGGCGAUGCCGCCAGUCUGCGACUACCACAUCUCCAGCUCGGACGGACGCCCAAUACAGAGCGUCCACGUGGGCGAAAGGGUGAAACACGUGUGGAACUGCACAACAACAGUUCCUAAAUUGUAUUCGAUGCUUGUUCAUUCUUGCUUCAUCGAGGAUGGGGCUGGACAACGCUAUGAAAAAAACCCUACUACAUGUUCAGAGCUUCCGCAACAUCUUGCCUCUUCACAAACAUCGUGGAUUCCGAUAGAAUUCUGUUUGUCGGUGGCCGGUUUUGGGAUUCUCGUCUCUGCCUCUACAUUUCUCACCACAGUCACCAUAGGAAUUGCUUUGGCUAAUAUUUAUAUGAAAAGUUACAUAAAGUACAACAUGACUAUUUUACACGUUUACCGCGGAGAUGACGAUAUUCGGCGAGGUGCUAGACUUUUAUUUUUUUUCGUAUCUAUAGCCAAAAAAGCUAGAAAAUCAGUUGAUGUUCGUGAUCGAUGGAAGGCACAGCGAUGA